UAUUUCGAGAUGAAUAUCAAUACGACGUGCGUAGACAAUAUGACAAAUGUUCAAUCUCCAGACAGAUCAGAUUAUCUGAUACUCCAGGUAGAAACAGUACGAUUAAUUAGAAAUAUUUGUUAUCUUGGAAUAACACCAUUUUUGGUAAUCGUCGGACUAAUUCUGAACUCACUUUGUUUUAUGCUGUUUUGUAGAAUAGGGAACAAAUCUUCAACUGUUAUUAUGUUAUUUGCAAUAACUGUCACAGAUGUUUUUACAUUAGUAAAUGGAGGACUCAAUUCUGUAUUUUAUGCUUCACAGACGUACGAGGUGCCUUUCACUAAAAACCAGCAGAGACUUACAGCCCCCAUAUACUCUACAUACUUGAAUUCUCUUCCUGGAAGAAUCGGAAACUUCAUUAUAUUCCUUAUUUCACUGGAGAGGCUUUUCUGCGUAUUGCAGCCACUGAAGAUUCGUAUGUACUCGACGAAACGGAACUCAUAUAUAGCUGUAUGCGUGGCGUUCAUUUUACCAGCAACCUCCAGUAUACCGAAUCUGUUCCUUUAUAAUACUGAAAAAGUGUAUUCAAAUACCACAGGUCAGUUUACAACCGUUUUAAGAGCAACGUCUUAUGGUAAGGAUAAAGAUCUAACAAAUGCAGUAUAUAUAACACAGGAAAUUCUAUGGCGUUAUAUACCUGUCAUAGGAGUUACUGUCGCAAGUUCAAUCACCGCUAUGUUAGUAUUACUAAAUGCUAAACGUCGUUUGGUCAUGGCUAAAGCUAGCAUAAAAUCCAGGCCAGAGAGUCAAACUAUGAAUAAAGAAAGCCAGGUCACAAGAAUGCUGUUGGUUGUAACUGCCGUGUUCGUUCUUUGUCAACUACCAGGUACUAUAUUACGUAUGAUAAUAAACAUCCAUCCUGACAUGAAUCCUAUGCGGUACUUAAACAAUGUAUACGAAGUUGCUUUCCCGAUAACGUAUGUUAUGUUAGUCAUUAAUUCUGUCGUGAAUUUCAUCAUCUAUUACAAUACGAGCACUAUAUACAGGACAAAAAUAAGACAGAUGUUUAACUGGUCUCCAUCUGAGAAAAUGAAGAGCACGUAUUCAAUGUCAAAUAGUCAUACCAACUGUUCAUUUAUACCUGAUCACACUGCGAAUGACUUCUAA